UCUGAACCAUAGAAAGUAAAGUUCGUGUUUUUUGAUCAGAUCGAAAUGUCAACACUCUACACGUCCCAAAGUCACUACACCACCAAACCUUAAAGCAGGCAAGCAAAGGAGGAAAAAGGAGAAUUCGAGUUUGUUGGUAUGUGUCAAUCAUGCUGGGACAGUAGAAAAAAAACUAAAGUUGGAUCAUCAUCAUGGUAAAAUGACCCUACAGAAAAAAAAUGAACAAAAUUCUAUCUCUUAACCACGUAAAAAAGAACUUUGAACAUAAUGAUGGCUCUUAGAAGGGUGUCCCUAGUGGGCACAUACAUAAAUAAUGCAAAGAAGAAACUGAAAUGGGAAAGCACACUUAUAUUAUAUACCUCUCUGAUCUUCUCUUCCUCUUGCCUCUCCCCUGCAAAUCCCCUUCAAAAUUGGUCCUGCUUCCUUUCUUACUAGGGUUCUUUUUUUCUGCAGUAAAAGAAAGGAAAGAGGAAAAUGGGUCUUAAGAGAGAUGACAAGGUUUGUUUAAUGGUGGUGGUGGUGGUGUUAGUGAUGGUGAUGAUGUUGCUUCCUGACUGCAAAAUGGCUGCAGCGAGGGUUGGCAGAGGUUCCAGAGUAGGUGGAUGUUCUCAUGUCUCCUUCUGCAGCUAUGGUCGUGUGAACAAGGAGGUGGAGAAGAAGAAGAAGGAGGAGGAGGAUGAGAAAGUUGACAUCAAUGGAGGGAGAGCAAGAAGUACUGAUGAGAAAGGUGACAGCAGUAGUGAUAAGAAGAUGCUUCAUGAUGAUGUUGAUGGUGAUGGUGGUGAUCAGUAUCAUCCAGAUGUGGAAGGUGAUGGUUCGGAUUCAUCGGGGUAUGAUGAUUACGAAGACUAUUACUACAGAAGGUACGGAGAUGUUCCAAGUCCGGGUAUUGGCCAUUGAUAGCGCGCGAUUUUGGUGCUCACAGUUCAUACGCGUUUAUAGGGCUGGAUGUCGUCUGAUAAUAUGACGAUGUUUGGCUCUUACAUGUAAGGAUUACAGAAGAAUUCAUCCCUUGAUAAAUAAGUAGAAGUAGCUUUAGAUUUCCUAUACAUGAACAUUAUGAUUAAGAUAGCAAUGUUUAGUUUCCUUUGUCCCCCACGCCCUCUCUCUCUCUCUCUCUCUCCUUUUUGGCUUCUGCGUUUUUUGUUUCUUUUUGUGGCUAUUUGUACAAAUAUAAUUUGGUAUGUGGUUGGGAUGGGAAUUUUGUAUUCAUUUGGCAUAAAGUUGGGAUGCAUGU